CUAUUUUUUAGAAGAAUAUUUGGUAACGAAAACAAAGACAACAAUGAAGAAAUAGAAAAAUGUCCUGAUGAUGAACUUGCGGAAGUAUCUGACAGAAUACUAAAGAAAUGUGCUGGUGUGCCCUUAGCAAUUAUUACAAUGGCUAGCUUGCUAGCUUGCAAAGUAAGAAAUAAACUGGAGUGGUACGAGGUGUACAAUUCUGUUGGUACUGGCAUGGAAAACAAUAUGGAUGUGGAGAAUAUGAGAAAGAUAUUGUCUUUCAGCUAUUAUGAGCUGCCAUGCCAUCUAAGGACUUGCUUGUUAUAUUUAAGCAUGUUUCCUGAAGAUUUUGAAAUUGACAAGGACUGCUUGAUAAGAAUGUGGAUAGCUGAAGGUUUUAUCCAAUGGGAAAAACAGGGGAAGAGUCCAUUUGAAAUAGGAGAGUUUUACUUCAAUGAGCUCAUAAACAGAAGUAUGAUCCAACCGAUACAAAAUCAAUAUGGCAUGUUAAAUAGUUGCCGCAUACAUGAUAUGGUGCUCGAUCUUAUCCGUUCCUUGUCAAGUGAGGAAAACUUUGUUACUGUACUGAGUGAUAUGGAUAGCACAUCUCCGUCAAAUACGAUUCGGAGGUUGUCCCUUCAAAAUGGCAAGAAAAGUGACAUAAUAGCUCAAGCUACAAGAAACUUGUUGCAACGUGCAAGGUCAGUUGUUAUCUUCCCAGCAGCCGUUGCUCAAGUGCCGGCUGCUAGCAGCUGCCGAUUUUUACGUGUACUGGAUUUGGAGCAUUGCAACCUUUCACAUACUGAUAGCCUUAAGUACCUUGGAAAUUUAUACCAGUUGAGGUACUUAAGACUAUAUUCUACGCAUAUUUCUCAGCUCCCGGAAGAAAUAGGAAACCUGCAGUUUCUACAAACAUUGGAUGUGAGGAGCAAUCCUAUUUCCAUCUUGCCUUCAAGUGUUGUCGAGCUAAGAAAUUUGAUGUGCCUAGACAUUGACGCGACUACAAGAGUGCCAAAUGGAAUUGGAAACCUAACAUGCCUUGAGCAGUUGUCAUGGUUAUGCAUUGAUGGGUCCACCAUAAACAUUAUAGAGGAGUUGGGCCAGCUAACUGAACUGAGGCGGCUGUGGAUUAAAUUGGACGAGUGGAACGACAAGCUGUUGGGGUGCCUACGUAAGUUACAAAAGAUUCAGGAACUACAAAUAGUUCCUCGACAUCCUGAUAGCAUUGAUCGUUGUCUAUGCAACAUCGGUGGAUUGGAUGCCUGGGUCGCUCCUCGACAUCUCCGUUUGUUGAAUACACAAGGCAUCUGUUGGUUUUCUACACUGCCGGCUUGGGUGAAUCCAUCAUUUGUUCCGGUUCUCACCUGCCUACGGAUUGCCGUGAGGGAGCUACAUCAGGUGGAUCUCGACAUCCUCGGGAGGUUGCCAGCUCUCCUCCAUCUAUGGCUGAUGGUGGACAAUAAGAACAUGGGAAUCCUUCAGGGGGGGUUAAUUGUUAGUCCUGGUUCGUUCCCGUGCCUUGAAUUCUGUUACUUCUUUGAAUUUGUAUGGCCAGUGGUGUUUCAAAAAGGAGCUAUGCCAAGGCUCAGAGUGCUUGAGCUGUGGUUGUUGUUUUAUGUGCGGGAGGCAAGAGGAAUUGCCAGCAGCCAUGGUGGUCGCGACUUGGGCCUGGGGAACCUGCCAUCGCUGCAGGAGGUCAUCGCUACUGUCCAAUGUGAAGGCGCUAGCAAGGAGGAGGCAGAGCAAGCCAAGGCUGCGCUGACGCGUGCUGCUAAAAUGCAUCCCAGUCAUCCCCACCAUAAUAUACGUAUAUGUGUAUAUUGGUUGUGAAGAUUCGGAUGAUGGAUCUUGGACUGACAGUGCUAAAAGAUUCAGAUGAUGAAUAACGAACCGGAUAAAAGAUUCUAAUGCAGAGAUUAGAUUGCUCACGGCUCACCCGUGGACAGUACCAAACAACUCGAACCUGCAUGUAGUGAUGUUAUCUACUCAGUUUCCCAUGGAAAUGCCACGUCUGUGGGUUAGAUUUGGUUGGUUAACAACUAUUACGAUGUCUGGCUUCUGCACA